AUGGUUUAUACUUCUCUCCCACCAUAUAUUGAUCCAACCAAUUGGCAUCAACAGCAACAAAAUCAUCAUCAAGUGACUAACACUAGUGUCAACACUCCUUUUCUAAUUCCGCCACCACAGCUUCAACCAUCAAACCUGACACCUUUGCAGCAGCCUCAUGGAAGCUCGAUCAGACCAGGUUCGAUGGCUGAUAGGGCUAGGAUGGCAAACAUACCUAUGCAAGAACCGUCGCAAAAAUGUCCAAGGUGUGAUUCAACCAACACAAAGUUUUGUUACUUCAAUAACUACAGUCUCUCACAGCCUCGCCACUUCUGCAAGACCUGCAGACGGUACUGGACAAGAGGCGGCGCCCUUAGAAGUGUCCCAGUCGGCGGUGGUUGCCGAAGAAACAAAAGAACUAAGUCAAGCAGUAACAACACAUCUAAGUCACCGGUUAGUUCCGAUCGUCAAACUAGCUCGGCAAACAACUCUCCUGCAGUGCUCAGCUCCCAGACGCCACCGCCGAUGAGAUUCAUGACUCCUUUACAUCAACUCGGCGUUCAUCACCUCGGUGAAAUAGGUCUAAACUAUAAUUUUCAUAGUCAAAUGGGUGGUGUAGGAGACUUAAAUUUCCAUAUUGGAAGCUCUUUAAGCGGAAGCAUCAACGGUGGUCGAAGUGGUGGUUCUGCUUCGAUUUUACCUACCGGUAACUUCGAGCAAUGGAGAAUGCCACAAACUCAUCAAUUCCCCUUCUUAACAAGCUUAGAAGCUUCUUCUUCACAUGGGUUGUUGUAUCCAUUUGGUGGUAAUGAUCAAGAACAUGCACAUGGUGGUGUUUCUAAUGUGAAAAUGGAAGAGAAUCAAUCUAAACAAUUCUUGGGAAUAACCAAUAGUAACAACAACAAUAAUAAUCCAAGUAGUGAACAAUAUUGGAGUUCUUCUAAUGGUGGUGGUGGUGCUAGUUCAGCUUGGAAUGAUCUUUCACCUUUUAACUCUUCUUCAGCUACUACAAAUUCCAACUAUAGAACUUAA